UCAUGACGGAUGGUUGUGGGGGGCUAUUUUUAAGUGCAGCUUCUUGGCCGGCAUUCCCACUCCCGCGAUUAGCCUCCUUCUUCGGCCCGCCCCCCCUGGAAUGCUGAUUGGCCGUUGACUAGGGUGGGGGCUGGGAAGACUGUUAUAAAGUUGCAAAGGAUAGGAAGAUACCUGUCCCCCUCUGGUCCCCGUGUCCCCUUCCACCAUGGCCACCCACCGCCUCGUAAUGGUUCGCCACGGAGAGAGCACAUGGAACCAAGAGAAUCGUUUCUGCGGCUGGUUUGAUGCGGAGCUGAGCGAGAAGGGGGCGGAGGAGGCCAAGCGGGGGGCCGUUGCCGUCAAAGAUGCCAAGAUGGAGUUCGACAUCUGCUACACGUCAGUGCUGAAGCGGGCCAUCCGCACCCUUUGGGCCAUCCUGGAAGGCACGGACCAAAUGUGGCUGCCCGUGGUGCGCACCUGGCGCCUCAAUGAGAGGCACUACGGGGGCCUCACGGGCCUCAACAAGGCCGAGACGGCAGCCAAGCACGGCGAAGAGCAGGUGAAGAUCUGGAGGCGUUCCUUCGACACCCCGCCACCUCCCAUGGACGAGAAGCACCCCUACCACACUUCCAUCAGCAAGGACCGGAGGUAUGCAGGCCUGAAGCCCGGGGAGCUGCCCACCUGCGAGAGCCUCAAGGACACCAUCGCCAGGGCCUUGCCCUUCUGGAACGAGGAGAUCGCCCCCCAGAUCAAAGCUGGCAAGCGAGUGCUCAUUGCAGCUCACGGGAACAGCCUGCGGGGCAUUGUCAAACACUUGGAAGGGAUGACAGACCAGGCCAUCAUGGAGCUGAACCUGCCCACAGGAAUCCCCAUCGUGUAUGAGCUGGACAAUGCCCUGAAGCCUACCAAGCCUAUGAGAUUUCUGGGAGACGAGGAGACCGUGCGCAAAGCUAUGGAAGCUGUGGCUGCCCAGGGCAAGGCAAAGUGAGGGUGGGCAUGGGCAAUAAAGGCACCUCUCUCUGCA